UUUUCCUCGCCUUCCUCGAAACUGUCAAAGCCAGAGCCAGAAAAGUGAAGAAAUUGUAGCAGAAAAGAUUAUGUUGUAAGAUCCCGUGUGCCUGCGCCAGCCUUUCUUCCAAAAGGAUUGACUCUUGUUUUGUGUAACAAACAAAUCAACAAAUUGCCCACAUCAGCCCCAGACUGUUGGUGUUCCGUACCAGCUUCGACGUAGAAAAAAAACCCCAUCCCGUGUGAGCGUGUGUGUGUGUGUGCGUUAUGGUUUAGGCCUAGAAGAAUCAGCUCGACAGCAACCACCCCAGUGACGACGGGUUGGGAAGGUGAUGCGUACUCCCAAACCUUGCGUACCGAAAAAAAGUAACGCAAAACGUACGUAAGUGUAGCAGCACUGCUGCAGGAAAGUGAAGAAAAAGCCCCUUCCCAUGUGGGGGGUGACCCAUGAAGGAACCGAAGGAAAACAGCCUUGCACAACUGUGUGACCAUGAUCGUGCGGGGAAGCAGCUGAAGCCAAUCCGGCGGCAAUAGCGCCUUGUUUGUGUGAAAAAAAUCGUGUGAAAUGAUGUGAAAAACGGCAACAGCAGCCGAAAGUGUGCAGUUAGUUGGUCGGCGAGCGACCCGAGAAAAAUAGAACCUGGCGAGGGGCUGCCUGGGUGUGAUAAAGCAAAAACAAAGCGUUAGGCGACCCUGCCCGUCCUCGAAGAGAAAACAGUUUGUCGUCGUUCGCGUCGUCCUUUGGUGUGCUCGUCCAACGGGGAGCGCAGAGACAGCGCAACCUUGAUCCUCGGCUGCUUCUUACUACGUCAGUCAGUCCGUGAGCGCGCGCGUUGUGUGGGGUGGGUGGCCCGGGCCAAGGUCCACCACAGGGGAGAGACAGGGGCAAAACCAUCCAACCAGAGCGCAACAAAUAGAGAGAGAGAGAACUCGGUGCUGGCGUAAACACAUUCCUUAUUUAGCGUAUCUCUUGUCGCGGCUUGGUCGUAUCCGUAAGGAUGCCGCAGUGCUACUGUCCAACCCCCUGGGCUGGGUGUGUGUAGAAAAAUAAACAAAACACACCUUUCCGACGUCUCCCCCCUUGGCGCUCCCCGCUCACCCAAGGUACAGGGGAUGUUGCAAUCUGAUCGAGCGAAAAUUGAUCGCUACACGGAUUGCAAUUCACACAGCCACAGCGCGGGGGAAUGUGUAUCGAGGCCCCCUAACACACCACCACGACGCUGAACUGCGCUGAUAAGUGAAAAGCCCUUCGUGCUGUGUUGUGUCGCGAGUGCACACGAAAGAAAGCGCCAGAAAUUAAAACAAUCGUAGUAGCAUUGACGUGCGUGCCUCUGUGUGUGUUUGCCGCUCCCGUGUUCUGUUUCUCCGUUCCAGCAAGAACGCACACAAUCCCUUGUUACAAAAGGGCGGAAGCUUGUUUUUUGUGUUUGUUUGCCUUUCAAGAUUAUCACUAGACAGAGAAGCAUGCUGUGCUAAGUGCGCACGUUGCACAAACGCUGCCACCGCUGCUACUGUCCGCUCGUCGGUGUGAAAUUAUUGUGCUUUGUGAAUUUAUGUGAUUUGAUUUCUCCACGUUGAUUGAGGCGAACAUCUCGCGGUUUGAACGCCGUUGUGUGAAAAACAAAACAAAAAAUGGUUUGAAAACGGUACUCCGGCAUCAUCGCUGUAUCGCCAGAGGAAACUAAACAACAAACAAACCAGUUGCAGCAGCCGCAUCAGCCCACAGCUUUAGUUGCCUAGUCGUCCCGGCCGCGACAACCUGCACAAUGGGCAGCGUGUGGAAGCGGUUGCAGCGCGUCAACAAGCGGGCGGCCAAGUUUUCCUUCACCGUGUCGUACCAUGAGCUGUUCAUGGAGACGACUGCCAAAUGGCGACCGAACAAACUGCACGUCGUGUGGACGCGCCGUUCGCGCCGCGUCCAGUCCAGCGCGCUCGAGUGGCAGCCGGACCUAAUCAACCCGCUCAGCAGCACCAUGUCCUGGCCGAUGCCGGAUAACCACACGAUCGCGGUCACGCUGUUCAAAGACAUCCGGACGCACGAGCUGGAGGAUAAGGAUUGGACGUUCGUGCUGGAGGACGUGUCGCAGCUCGGCAAGAAGCGGGCGCUCGCGUCCGCUACGAUCAACAUGCGCAAGUACGCCAGUAUCGAAUCGACGCAGCAAACGUUUACGCUCCGGUUGCGCCCGGUGUCGAAGAAAAUCCUCGCCGCCAACCUGGAGCUAACGCUGAGCUGCGUGUUUUUGCGCGAGGGCAAAGCAACGGACGAGGACAUGCAGAGCAUCAUUUCGCUGAUGUCGGUGAACAAUGUGUCGGACAUAGCGCCGCUCGACGAUCUCGAGGACAUACCGGAUCUGGAGAACUCGAUCGACUUCUCCGAGAACAUGUCCGAGCUGACGAACCAGCUCGAGCAGCUGACGACGAGCCUGAACAGCUCGGAGCUGCUGACACCGAUGAGCGGCGUGCCCUCGCUGCUGUCCGACGAUCAAACGCCGAUCGUGUGCGGGUCGCGCGAAAUGUUCCUCGACAUGAUGCUGGCGGGGCGGGAGGACGACGGCAGGCGUGAGUUGGACGAGAAUGAGAACAAACCGACGCUGCAGCACCACCACAGACCACACGCGCGCGAGGAAGGUACUGGUGACGGUCGUCAAGCCGGUUCGCACUCUUCGUCUCCUAGUCAGAGGGAAACUCGUGAAAACAGCCUCCCAGAAACGGUUAAAAGGGAGGAGGAAGAGGAAGAAGACCAGCUGGACAAGCAGCUCGACGCACUGGGCGUGUUGGAAGACGACGAGGAAGACAAUGACUUUGCAUCCGGUCGAUCAACACCGGUCCCAACGGAGGCAAACCGUGUACCGACGCCGGAACCCGCACCGCCGGCCGUCGCCGUGGAGGAGGAAGCAAAACCGUCCACCCCGGAACCACCACCAAAAGCAUCGCCCCUCGAUGGUAAAGCGUUCAACAGCAGCCGAUCGGACCUGAAACCACUGAACCUAGUCAAGAGCUACGACAACGAACCGAAGGAAAGGGAACAAAGCACCAUAACAGAGUCCGAUCGGCAGGAGGCGGAUGAAAAGUCGGACAUCUCGUUAGUUCCACCGAUCCGGCCCGUUCCGCUGUUGGCCGGUGGGGAGCUGCUGAAACCGCUGGGCACGCUUAAGGACAGCACGCCCGGGCAGGAUCUGCUAGAAUGGUGCAAGGAGGUAACGAAGAACUACAACGGCGUGAAGGUGACCAACCUGACGACCAGCUGGCGCAACGGGAUGGCAUUCUGUGCGGUGAUACAUCACUUUUAUCCUAAUUUAAUUGAAAUGACGAAAUUGUCCCCUGGCAAUGUGAUUGAAAACUGUCGAACGGCUUUCGAUGCGGCCGAAAAGCUCGGCAUACCGCGCGUGAUUGAGCCGCGCGAUAUGAAUUUGCUCGCCGUGCCGGAUAAGCUGGCCGUCAUGACGUACCUUUAUCAGCUGCGGGCGCACUUCACCGGACACCAGCUGGAGGUCCAAUCGAUCGGCGAAACAACGGACGAUUCCAGCUACGUGAUCGGAAAUUACAAAUCGGACAAGCUGUGCAAGAAUCUGCUCAACCUGACCGAUAUCAUAACGCCCAACAACGACGACCACCCGCUCGGGUCGAAGCUGGACACGAAGGCGGCCCUGCUGGCCAACUCGAAGCACCUGCUGGGGCGCGUCCUGUCCCCGACCAAAGAUAAGCUGCCCAACUUUCCCUUCAGCCUGCUGGACGGGCCGCUCGGUCCAGGGCACGUGGCAAACAAUGGCCCGGCGAACAAUGAGCGGGUAGAGAGCGGUGGUGACAGCAAUGGUAGUAGCAAACCAGCGAACGGUUUGAGUGGCCAUCAGAGCAGCAGCAUAGACAGUGGAAGCAGCAACACGUCCUCUUCCACGGCCGCCAAUGAAGGGGACGUGGCAAGUGAAAAGCUUACCGUGGCCACGACGGUUGACAGUGGCAGCGAUGGUCGGUCGGUGGCUGUUAAUGGCAGCAGUGCCAGUCCCACCGGCGAUGACGAAGAUGGCCAAAGACGCGCGCAAACGGAAAACAGUGUACAGCAGCCGGGUGACGAUGAUGAAGAGAUUCAAACGCUUCCGACGUUGGAUUUGAACAAAGCAAACAAAUUGAUUUUACGGCACAAAGAAAUGAGCGAGCGGGCCAAGCUCAUGAUAGAACGGCUUAGAUCGUCGCACGUAGAUAGCAAAGGUGACAAGGAUGCAACCGAUCGACAGGCCAGAUUGCGCGAGGAGGCCCGCAAACUGAUUGCCGGCGCCAAGUUAAAGCUGUCCGGGCUGGACUCUCCUUCAUCGCCGACGAAACUGUUCCCCUCCGGUGGUCGCCCGGCCCCUGCUCCCCUCUCGCCAGAUCGGGCCAUCUCGCCGAUCAACAAUGGGUCGGAGUUUAUCUUUCCCAUUGGCCAUCACCAUCCGCAUCGAAAGGAUACGGGUUCGCCCGCCGGCCAGCAGGACCCUACCGGCAAGGAGGGUAGCAAUGGGCACAGCUACAAGGCGGCGGAACAGCAUCACCAUCUGCUGAAGCGCAGCACACCGUCGCCGAGCAAGUUGAUUGAGUUUAUGGGUCCAAAGAGCCAGGAGGAUGAGAAUGGUCAGGUGGAACGUGUAAAUUACAUUCAAAGUGAGCUUAACAAACUGGAGCGCGAGCAGGAAGCGAUCGAUCUGAAAGCAAACGCACUGGAAAAGAAGCUACGCGCUGUGAUGGGCGGAACGAUGACGAACGUUUCCGAAACCGAAGAUCAACUCAUGUCACAAUGGUUCACGUUGGUAAACAAAAAGAACGCACUGCUCAGGCGGCAAAUGCAGCUUAAUCUACUUGAACAAGAGAAUGAUCUUGAGAAAAAGUACGAAAUGCUAAACAUGGAGCUGCGUGCAGCCCUUUCCGUCGAGGAUUGGCAGAAGACGGAGGAGCAGCGCGAGAAGGAAGCGUUGCUACUGACGGAACUGGUGGCAAUCGUGGACAAGCGCAAUGAGCUGGUGCAAAAUCUGCACAGCCAGGAGCAGGCUAUCGAAGAUGACGACGAAAUUGAACGAAAGCUGGAAACGGUAGACAUUAACCAGAAGGACGAAAAGUGUGUCAUCCAGUGAGCUGGUGAUUUCCUUCAACUGUUCCUUACUUAAAUUGGAUGAUGAUUUACCAAUGUAUGUGGACGUAAAAUGGACGUAGUUUCAACAUUCGCCGUACCAAACCAAACGACAACCCCAAAUUCCCCAAAACUGCUGACACGCGAUAGGGCCACACUGUCCCCCCGAAUGUCCCCCCCCGGGCUCGAUGAUGCCGGGCGAUCACGAACUCGUACAAGUACAAUCAUCGUUCCAACGCACGAUCGUUCAACCUGGAACAAAUUACAGUAGCAGAGUACACAUUUCCGUUCCGGGUUUUGAAUUCCGUUUUUUCGUAAUCAAUUCCGUCCGUUUUCCGGUGUGUGCGCGUGUGUUGUUGUAUAGUGCGUUUAGUGCAUUGUGCUUGGUAUUUAUCGAAGCAUUUGAGGACGCUGUGUGUCUGUGUGCGUUUACAGUGUGUCUCUGUAUAUGUGGUUGUGUUUUAGGAUGUGAACCUAUACCCUGAACUUUUGUCUCGUUUCAAGUAAGCCUACAACGCGACGACGAUGGCUUAAGCGUUGGGAUCGAUACGAGUCUAAUGGGGAUGAUCCUUUCACUAUAGGUUCGUCAAAGUUCGACGAAAGUAUCUACGCUUCAUGACAAAAAGCAACCGUGUUUUGAAUGUGUACAAUAUCGUUUAGUGUCUUUCACGCCCCUUUUUCGUUCGGCUUCACAACUGGCAAAGUAAUGCGACAGCAAAGAAGCAGUCCCAAGUGCAAAUGCUUAUUUAUUGCAAUACUACACUGUAAGAGCACUACCAUAUAGCUAUACCCUUUUUACGAUUAAGUUUCCGUUACUUUUUACUGCUAACGUUGUAACCGCGUAACCGUUUUAUUGUUCUACUUGUAUCUUACGCUGUAGUGGCCCGUAGUUUGUUCGGGUGGUCGAAAGAAAAGCUAGCAAUGAAUAACUUGCCAGCUAGCUAGGGUCGUCGGGUAAGGAGCAGAUCGAGCAAAUUAUGUAUGUGAGUUAAGGGAGUUACGGGGUGGCAUACGAGAGCGAGAGGCUUACUAGAGGCGAGCGGUUUGCAAAAACGGUGUCAGCGCCACCAACAGAAACAGCUGUAAACUUAUUCAAAGUGAUAUUAGAGCGAGGCAAAUCGAGUGAGCGUUUUUUUAUAUAUAUGAUUAGAAUCGUUUUAUUACUGACACCCGCGAAGCUGCCUUUCAUAGAAGCGAUGCAAAAAAAGCGAGAUGAAAUAAGUAUUUGGUCACAUGAUUAGAACAUUUUUCCUUACUAGAAAAAAGGAAAAGAAAAUUGACCUAGAAAAGGGUAGGAAAAGUGCGGCAGAGCGAUUUUCCCGCAAAUGAUUUUAAUUUAUCUCGUACUGUAGCUACUUAGCUAUCCAUCUAUCUAUCUAAACAUUUCUUCCGACUAAUGUAGCUCUCAUCUAACCGUAAAGGAACGAUCAACUUUAAGUUUUAGAUCAUCGUCUAGCGAUUGGUUAACUGUGUACAUAAAAAGGUAGUAAAACACAAGAAUAAGGGCAUUUAUUGCCAAUUCCAACCAUCAUACUUUCCUGCAGCAAAAUCAGGCAAAAGUAGCUGUUUUUAAAAGUGGUAAACCACAUACUGUACUACUUUUUCUCAUCCUAGAUCAUUUCACAUCACAUAAUUGAGGAAAAAUUCGGUUCACUCGUUCGGCUACGUUUAAAAGACCGAUGACAUAUUUUACAAAAAAAUGCUUUCAAAAGGAACUACUACUUGCAUAACUACUAGGAAUCAUCCUGCUUACGCUCUCAUACCUACAUACUGUAUAAUUUAUUGUUUUUCACCUACUCUACAUUCUAUUUCUGCGCCACACAUCGUAAUAAUGCAUACCGAGAGAAGAAAUAUUCUAGUCACAGCGGUGAAAGUGGAAAUUACCAGACGAUGUUGUGUCCGUACCCCUUUUGAUGCUGGCUAUUUUGGAGGAUGAUGAUGUUUUGGACCCACUGCGAAGGCUUUACAAAAGGCAAGAGUAAUGGUUAGCUUUCAAACGGUGGAAUGCUUAUAUUUUAUAGACCUCUAAUUGGUGAAGGAAAGAGGGCGAAGGGAUUACUUACUGUACUGAAAUAAGGGGCUUGGGUUUGGUAACGUUCUUUUCUCUUCUCAAACGAUGCUAUACUAUGCAAUUGAUUGCUGCUUUUGGUGGUUUGUAAACUAUCUUUCGCUUACAGUGCAGCCUAUUAGUGGUGAGAUUAAAGAAGGAGCGGAAUGAUUUGUGUACAGCUUUGAACUUACAGCCAAAGAAAAGCACAGAGGAAGAAAGCCUAAUUGGACAAAACAGAAGCUGAACAAUGGCGAAUGGGUGGAAGAUUUCUGAACACAAUAUUUGUUUUUCCCCCAUUCCCCCCCAACACGCGCUCAAUUUGAAGGAGAUUUUUAGCUUGUCGAUAGGAUGUAGUAACAAAUAAUCGUCUCAUAUAAUGUGCAUCAUACAUAUAUUUGCGUUAGUUCGCUUUUGCUUCGGCUGGCACGAAGACAGAAACAUACACACCGAAUGCGACACUCGUUUGCAUCCUUUGAUUUGAGAGCAAACGGGGUUUUGUUGCAAACAAACAAUCGAAUGGAUUCAUAAGGUUAUUUUGUACCGCCACAACUACUACUACUACUACUACUUACCCACCACUUUUUCUAGCAGAUUAGCAAAAACAGAUUUCACCUCCUUUUUGAGAUUGCAUGCAACCCCCAUCAAAGAAUCCUUUUAAUGGGUGUUUCUUUGCAGAGCAGUUGUUUGUGUGUUAGUGUGUGUUUGCUCGAUAGAACCGUAAUGCUUGGGCUUUUUGGUCUGUUUUAUUUCCUUCAAAACAUCUGGCAAUCGAACAAUCUAUGCUAAUUCCAAACGGAAUAAUAACCGUUCAAUGCACACACAUAUAGCCGAACCAAACUGUGUGUGGUACGUAAUAUGAGAAAUAUUACACGCUGUGAGAGCCUGUAGCUAACAGAAAAAGAGAACACACGUUAAUGGUAAAAUGCAGAAGAUCACAUAUUGUAAUCAACCCCCCCCCCUCCCCACGUCAUUCGUAAAGCUUUCUAUCACAUACAAUCGGAGAAGAAAACUCGUUAAAAUAUACGUAGCAAAAAUUAACCAUUUGUAACGCAGAUUAAAAAAUAACAAGCUCUAGCCGGGCGUCGUAUAACAACCAAAGUAAAACUUUGGCCUUCGCUCCCCCUCCCUAGCACGUGUACGCGCCUAGCUGGGGUGAGCCUAGCGAUAUAGAUAAUACGAUAGUGGUGAAACAGAACGGAACGGAAACAAUAUAAAAUCGAAUAAACAAAAAAGGAAAGCAUCGCAAACAUCGGUCAACUCGGCGCGCAUAAACAGAUGAAACUGAUGAAAAGAUCAUAUUUUUAGGCUAUAGAAUGUAACGAUAAUGAAAUUAUUUGCGUGCUGCAAAACUAACAAUUCCAAAGUGAAGCGCCACAUUGGAACGCGGGGUGAAACGAAACGAAACCCCUAUAAUUGCUACACAUCACUGCGGAGCAUCAGCAAGCAGCAAGCAGUACACCGAGCACUUCAUUUACGUAUUUCGUUUUCGAAGAGGCCAGAAAAUCAGAGAGAGGAAAAAUGCAGCCUAGAGUUUGCUUUGUAGAGCCGUUUGUAAACUUUUCGUAUCGAUUAUGAUGGUAGACACAUUGGUGGCACGAUAUUUUUGGAAAACAAAACAAAAAACUACUACUAAAAAGCUUGCAGAAAAGGGGCGAAAUAGAGGGAGAGAGAACACAUAACAAUUCCUUGCAAGAGGGCGAAAAAUUACCAUCACACAGAGAGAUAGAGAGAGAGAGAGCUGUAUUUAUAUAUAUACAAAACCCCCGUUUGCGUACCGAUGCAGGAGGAUGAUGAGUCUAUACUUAUAUACAUAAAAAAAGAAAACAAAAAAUCAUAUUAUAUAUUUUUUCUCAUACUAUAUACAUACAUCCCAUUAUGCAUACGCUCACGGCGGCGGCUGGUGCGUACGAGCAACGCCGCUGCGAUAAUGAUUGAGCUGGUGAAGAGAGGAGUAAAUUGUGAACUGUGAGGUUUCCUAAAUAGCGUGCGUGCGUGUGUGGGGUCAAAAUUAAACCAAGGAAACAACUUAAAAGAAGAUUACUAGCACCGGAUGUCCAACGACGACAACAGCAUGCUAGCGGAUUGUAAUAAUAAUCUGACGAUGAUGAUGAACAAUGAAAUGUAUCGAAUGAUGAUGUCAAAAAGGAA